AUGGUUGCAUACUUAAAAGAUGAUUCAGAAGAAAUAUCCAAAGGUCAACAACUCUUAGAUGUCGUAUUUAAGCAUCUAAACUUGAUGGAAACCGCCUAUUUUGGACUUCGUUUCAUCGAUGCAACAGGACAAAGGCAUUGGCUGGAUCCAAACAAGAAUAUUGUCAAACAGAUGAAAGGUAUUGAAACAUUCACAUUCUAUUUUGGUGUCAAGUUUUACGCUUCUGAUCCGUGCAAGUUGCUUGAAGAAAUAACUAGGUAUCAGUUUUUCCUGCAAGUGAAGCAAGACAUUUAUCAAGGUCGAUUGCCCUUGACUUAUGACUUGGCCGCGGAACUCUUUGCCUAUACCAUCCAGUCGGAACUCGGAGAUUAUGAUCCUAAACGACAUGUGCCCGGUUAUUCAGCAGAAUUCAACUUUGCCCCGAACCAAACAGCGGAUCUUGAAUCCAAAGCAGCUGAAAUCCACAAAGGACUAUGUGGAACUGUUCCUGCUGUGGCAGAACUUAAUUUUUUAGAUCGAGUCAAAUGGCUUGAUAUGUAUGGUCUUGAUCUCCAUCCAGUUUUGGGAGAAGACAACAUAGAAUAUUUCUUAGGCUUGACUCCGAGUGGUAUCUUAGUUUUACGUACGAAGACGAAAGUUGGAAAUUAUUUUUGGCCUCGAAUCACAAAAGUUUACUAUAAAAGGAAAUAUUUUAUGAUUCGGGUUCGAGAUAAAAACAAUGAAGAAAACACGUACGGAUUCGAACUGCCCAAUAAAAAGGCCUGCAAGCAUCUGUGGAAAUGCUGUGUGGAUCAUCGAGCUUUUUUCAAGUUAACUCAAAUUCGGGAAGUACCCGGUCACAGCGGGAAGACAGUUGGCUUGGAAAAUAAAUUUUAUGGGAGCAGGCUGGAUAAAAGCUUCCAGUCUCUGGCCAUGCAGUCAAGAUUAAGAACACCUCCAACAUUUGUUCGAGCUCCUAGCAGACGGUUUCACAAAAGAUUGGGUCAACCAGAUGGCGCUGAUGCUGGAACACAAGCUAAAGAAGAGAAUGGUGCGAAGCAUUUGCUGGAACCUUCCCUUGCCAUGCCAAUACUACCUCACAAUCCAGUUCUUAUACCUUCCCUGCACAGGUCCACAUCCGUACCUUCUGUCGUUCCUUCGCCUUACAAAGUUGUGCCUGCACCUUGGGAAGAUCCACGGGCGGGAACUCGUGGUUUAUAUUCAAGCUGCACCAAUCCUUCCCCUCGUUCAGUCAGAAGUGCCGGAGCUUUGCCAUCGCGACGGUACCCUCUCCACAGCAGAGCCGGUUCCAUCGAAAGCACGGCAAGUUAUGAUUACAGGAAAAGAAAACAUCAUCACAGUCGAAAACAGUCGGAUAAUGAAAGUGAAAUUUCAAAAGCAUCCAGAUGUUCUAAAUCAUCCAAAAGCUCUCGUCAUAGUCAUCGGAGGCACGGAUCACAAUCUGGUGAUGGCAGUGACUCAGACUCACAACACAAGCACAGAAGACACAGCAGGAGAAAAAAACAUGGAAGUACGUAUGAACUUGUAGAUUCUGAAGGACAAUGGAGAGAGGUUCAGAAAAAACAAGAAAUGGCUCAAGCCAGGAUGCAAAGUGCUGUUGUAAGAGACUUAAGUAAAAGGCGGAGUGGUUACAUGAAUUCGGGUCUUGAAACAGAAUCAGAAACCAAUUAUAAUCACAGAAGACGUCACAGGAGACACAGAUCAAGGUCAAGGUCUCCUGAUAGUAAAAAUGCUCUACCACAUGAAAUCAAGCGGUAUAUUGAUUACAAUUUAAUAGAUGCCACUACUUUGACGGAAGAAGAAAAACGAGACAUUAAAUACACAAAAGUACCAACUGACAAUAGUCGCCUUUUCAAAAUUAGAUACUCUUCAAGUCAAGGUCAUUUGAAUGGGAAUCCAGUAAAUAUGAGAAUGUCCAAUGGAAGUCUUCAUAAAAUGCAACCGCUUGAUGAUCCAGGCCCACCUCCACCUUACAUAAAUGACCAGCACAAUGGGUUUAUACCUCAAUCUCAAAGAUUAGUUGACAUAGAAGAGAAAAACGAAAAUUUAGCAGAAACGAUACAGAUUCCUAAAGCAUCUACAAAUGCUGGUGAAUAUCAAAAUUUGCAUACCAAAAACAUCAGCGAAGCACCGAAUAUUUCUGGUGAAUCACUGGUCAAAGUCGACAUUCUCUGA